AAAGAAACUAAAAAAUAAGUGCAUAAUCUCAAAUUACAUAAAGUGCAUUUUGUAUUUGUGCAAAUAAACGUGUGUUUUUUUAUUAAAUUGAUAACCGCAUGGAAUUUUUGGGAUUACUUAAGGUUUCAUUUAAUUGCAAAAUAGAGAAUGAAUAAAUUAAAUAAAAAAUCAUCUGAUUUAUACUUACCUACUUUAAGAUCAUACCAAACAGAUUUUUAUUCAAAUUCAAAACAAUAUAAUAAUAAAGUAGAAUUUGAAACUCAAGCAUUUUUAUUCAGUGACAAAGAAGAUGGAAACGAUGCUCUUAUAAUGAAAGUUAAAAUUGAAAAUUGUUAUCUUGAAAUGGAAAUUGAUUCCGGAUCAAAAUACUCUGUAAUUUCGGACAUCUGUUGGAGAAAAUAUUUUCCAUUUAUAAAUUUAACCCCAUUCCAUAUUAAUUUAGUUGUUUUAACUGGAGAAUAUGUUAAUGUUUUAGGAUGUAUAAAAGUACAUGUAAAUGAAAUCAAUGAGAUCAACAACAAAAAGCAUUAUCUGGAAUUGAUUGUAAUAAAAGCAGAAUAUCAGGCAGAUUUUAUACCAUUGAUGGGUCGAACAUGGAUAAACAUUUUAUUUAAAAAUUGGAAAUUAUUUUUUACACAAAAUAACAUUGAGAAAUUUUCAUCAAAAAAGCAAAAUUUAAGAGAAUCUUUAUUAAAAUAUUCAAAUAUUUUUAAAAAAGACUCACAUAUUUUUAUCAAUGAUAUUUCAAUUUCAAUUCAUUUAAAUAAUGCUGCUCUACCGAGUAAAACCAAAAUUCGUCCUAUACCGUUCGGAUUACGUAAUAGAGUUAAUAAUGAAUUAGACCGUCUAAUUAAAUUAAAUGUUUUAAAACCAAUUAAAUCCAGUUGUUGUAUAUGGCCAUUAGGUAUAUUCAAAAAUAAUGAUGAUUCAAUUGAAAUCUUCCCCGAUAUAACGGGAUACCAAAACGCUUUCCAUAUUUUGGGAUAUAAAGAAUUAUUUUCAAAUCGAGAAAAUAUUCUUUCAGAAUUCAUCGGUUGUAAAUAUUUUUGUAAAAUGAAUUUGAACGAUAUUUAUAAUCAAAUACGAAUAAAAGAAGAAUAUCAAAAAUAUUUUACAAUUGCAACCAUCAAAGGUUUGUUCUGUUUUACAAGCUUACCAUUCGGUUUAAAUAUAAUACCACAAUGUGUCGAUUAUAUUUUAAAUAUAAUUUUAAAAAAUUUGAAAUUAACAAAAAUUUAUAAAAAUAUUCUUUUAAUUGGAGGUACUAGCUUAAUUGAAUGUAAAGAAAAUUUUUGGAAGGUGUUAGAAAGAUUUAAAAUUUAUAAUGUGAAAAUUAAUUAUAAAAAUUGUAAAUUAUUUUAUAAUAAGAUAACCUUCUUUGGUUAUACAUUAAGUGAAGAUGGAAUUUUACCUCAAAUUGAAAAUAUUGAUCUUAAACAUUCAAUAAUAUUUUCAAAUUGCCAAGAAUUUUAUAAAUUUAAAGAAUGCAAAUUUUUAGAAAAUUGUAAAAAAUUGUUAUGUGAUUCAAAUUUAUUUACACAUUAUGAUCCAGACCAAAAAAUAUGUAUUGUAAGUGCUGCCAGUUCUAUUGGAAUUGCUGGAACUCUAUUUCAUCUUUAUAAUAAUGAUGAUUCAAAACCAAUAAAAUUUUUUGCUUCAAAAUUAAAUAAAAUACAAAAAUUUUAUACAAAAUUAGAAAUUGAAAUUUAUGCAAUAAUUUAUACAAUUAAAAAUUCUUUAGAAUAUUUAAUGGGACAUAAAUUUUUAAUAUAUACAGAUCAGAAAGAACUUGAAUUAUUAUUAAGUCCAUUUCAGUGUCAACAGAAUUAUCAUCAUCAUCAUCAUCAUUAUCAUCAUAACUAUACUCAUCAUUUGCGCCAAUAUAGUAGCAAUAAAAGAAAUCAAACGAAUAUAAAUCUGAAAAUUAAAAAUUAUAGAAUCCAACAAUGGCUUUUAUAUUUAAACCAAUUUAAUUAUGAAAUAAUUUAUAAAAGGACUUCAAUGAUUUUAUAUUCACAUUUAUUUUCUUAUUAUCCUAUAUUUAUAUUAAAUAAAAAUUCUGAUCAAAUGAAUUCAAAGAGAUAA